AUGUUCCUCUGCCCUACGGUCGGUAACUCUUCUGCUGCCGCUGUCGGUGCCUUAUGGAAUCAUGUUGUCAUUAUACAUGGAGCGCCUGACUUCGUGCACUCUGAUCUCGGGUCCCACUUCACGAGCUCCGUGAUUUCCCACUUCGAGAGCCGAUUUGGGAUCUGCCACACUUACCCGGCAAGCAAAACCCGCGAGUACAGGGAGCAGCAGAACGAGCAGUUCGAGAACUUAAAACGUCUCUACGCCUGCUCCAGCCUUACCUCCUGGCAAGAGAAGACUGGAAAGAUGCUCUACCAGUGGCACGGAGCUUCUUUCGGUCACAUCGACUCCCCCCACGCCUACCUCGAUGACCUCCAACGACGUUUACAAGAUGCCCACGAUCUUUGGUCUGUCACUCGUGACAUAGAGCUCACAAAGCGGAAUGAUCGCUAUCGAGUCGGCUCAUUACAACGUUCCUAUGAUCCUGGAGAUAAAGUGUUACGUGUCGUCCCAAUAGAACGGCCAGGAGGACACUCUACCGAGGUUACAGGCCCCUACGAGAUCAUUGGUCCUGCCGGGCAAAAUCAUUACAAAGUCCGUGGCACGACGGACCGCCUACCUGUCCAUCAACUACGUCCUCUAACUCUAGACCCUAUUAUACGUCGUGGCCUACAGCAAGACAGCUCGAUCAAUAGAGCUAGCAGCGUCCUAUAUGAGCAGAAGCUACUGACUGUCGCAAAAGACCACCUGACUGCUGGUGACCUCAUAAUCCACGAGAUCGAGUCCUUCGACCUUGAGCACUUCUAUGACUGUGCUACCGUCAUCUCCAACAACCUCUCCAAGGCCGAACUUGAGAUUCGUAUUAUGGAGGUUGACGAUACAGGACGGUGGUCCUUAACAAAUUCUACUCAAGUCCUAUCUUACCACUCCAUCGUUGCCACUGGCUUCGCUCUCACCAAGCAAAACCGUAUCCCCGUUCGCAUACUAAAGAUGCUCUCUUUAGCCAGUGCCAACGAGGGGGAGGGGUGA